AAUUGUGAACACCUUUCCCCAUAAUUAAUUCCUGAAGACGCCUAUGGUCUUAAAUAACAUCGCCCUUCUCAAUGAAGACCCUUAGAAAUAAGAGUCCAGAUGAAAAUGAAACUGAACCUGCAGACACUUAACGACUCCUUCAGAAUUUUCUUUUAAUAACUCUGAAAAAAGGGAAUAGAAUGUCCACACUUGCGUCAUUCUUGUAAAUAUACUCAGGGGGAAAUGGGAUCAUUCAACCAGUGGGCAACGAGAAUGAAAACCACACUUUGAAUCCUCGAAGUAAUUGUGGAACUGACAUCUUACAUCUAGGCUUUUUUUGAGGGGCUAAAGUUCAAGGUUAUUUUCUUGAAUGAAGACUCCAUUUUGUGUUGAUUAUGACCAGGAAAAGGCUUGAACGAUGACUCGAAAUGUUAGACCAUCAAGAUGAAAUCGCUUCAAGUUAUCGAAAGAGUUGUUCCGACCUGAAGGAGAAGCUGAAACUGGGAUUGGAUAAGAUAUAUAACUGGGAUAGUUAUGGUGGAGAAUUAUUAACUCCACGAGAAAAUUACGUCAAAGAAGUUACCGACCCUCUGGUCAUAUUCGAAAGAAAAUUGAUCCAAUAUGUUAGAGUCAAACAAGAAUUUCAAACUGAAAACAAGACCUUGCAGAUGAAAAUCAAAGAAUUAGAAUUGGAUCUGCAAGCUAAGAAUGUCUGCCUUAUGAAACUCAAAAACGAUGUCGUAUCCCAUUACGUUCAAAUUGAAUUUCUGAGGAAACAUAACGAAAAGUUGGAGAGUAAUUUGGAAAAUACACGAAGGAAACUUAAAUUGUUCGAAAAAUCGCAAGACUGGUUGAAAAAACAUUUAUUUCCAUUGCAUAUUAAUGCAGAAUAUGAAGGAAAAAUCGAAAAUGUUGAAAACAAUGAUAAACAUGGGGAAAAACUACACAAUCUCUCUGAUAGAAUGAGAGAGGAAAUUGAUUAUAAAUCGGAAAAUAAUGAAUCAACAGAAAUCUUUCAAACAUAUAACAACGAAUGGAAAAAAUAUCAUAGUAAACUGAUUGAAGUAUGUCAUGAAAAUAGCUUCUUGAAACAAGCUUUACAAAAGAUGAAAGAUCUAAAUCUCAGAGAGGAAAAACUGAACAGUAUUAUAAAAUCAGGAAAUGAAAAAUUUUCCAUAUUGAAAUGUGAGGUUUCACGUGAAGAUAUUCUCGGAAAACUCAAUACAUCGGAAAAAAAUGGGAAUGAUAAAGACGUGAAGAUUCUUCAACUGAACAGUAUUAUUGAUUGCAUGAGAAUCAGAUUAUUACAAUUGGAGUUUGAGAAAAGGAAUGUGGAACUCUCAGUAUUCAGAAUAAGUGAAUAUUUCAUGAAAAUGAAGGACGUGAAUGCAAAAAUCAAAACAUUAUCAGGUCAUAAGAAUCACUCAUGCGCUUUCUGGGAAUCGGAAAAUGGUAUAUCUUCGAGUGAAUUUAAUGGCAUAUCAAAGAACAAAGGGGAAUGCAUUCAGGAGUUAAGAACUACCAUCAGAUGUUUGAACUUUGAGAAGCUUCAGAUGGAAAUGGAACAUCAUGAAGAUUUAAGUAAUCUCACGGAUAAAUUCGACACAAUGCAACAUAUCAUGCAUGAUAUGAAGGCUGUUUGCGACAAUAUUUCAGAUGAUAAUGAUUCUACUGAACAAUUUGCAAUUAAAAAUUCUGGACAGGAAAUAUCAAGUCAGGGGGAAAAAACUCUUCGAUUUUCGUAUUCUCUCAGAUCAAAAGAUUGUUAUGAGCAGAACGAGAGAACAUCGAAAAGCAGAAUGAUACAUUUUCUUCAGCGAAUGAAAUCAUUUGAAGAACAAUAUGGAAAAAUUGUUUCGGUCUCUCAAGAAAAUUUGAAACUUUUGAAGAAAUUAGAUAUGAGGUGGUUGAUAUCAGAAUUGAGGAAGUUGAAAGUACAUGCAAUGGUGAAAGAGAGACAGUCAAUAGAGCAAAAGAAUAGGUUCGACAAAUACAAAAGAUUUUUGCUCGGUACCAUCAAACAAUACCGCCAGUCUUCUAUUUCGAAAGAUGAACAAAAUAAAGAACUACGAAGCCUAUACAUCCCUAUCAUUAAAGAGCUGAAAUUGCUGACAACUUAUGUUUCUGAAAAUAAUAAAUACUCCCUGAAUCCUUCUUCGUUACGUCAUGAAAACAAACUGGAAAAUAACAUACUGAGUGAUUCAAUUCGGAGGAUUAAUAAAUUGACUGAAAACAUUCAGAGCGAUAUGGUGAUGCAGAAAUCUAAUCUAAUUCGCCCUAUCGUUAAUUAUUCUGGAACAUCAAAAUCAAAGAAUCAUUGUGGAGGGACAAUUUCCACAUUUCUGAGUGGAGAAAUGUUUGAAGGUCAAGUGAAUUCAACUGGUACCAAGCAACAGGAAGAUCCUUUAAUUUGCAGAUUAUCUGAGCCUCUGACUGAAGGUGAAGAUGCUGUAGAGCAACUAGUCAAGAACAUUUUUUCCCUCCGCCAUGAAAUAUAUAAAUCAAAGUCUAUAAUUGAUGAGUUAAGAAAACAGAAAUCCAUACUGCAAGAAGAUCUUAGGCAGAGGGAAUAUCUGUUAGGAAAGAUAUUUAAUUCUUUCAAAAGACAGCUCGAACUCGUUGCUGUUGAUGUCAGUGAAAAAUAUUUUCUGCAGAGGUUAUGUAAUGAUCUCAGGUCUGUCAUCAAAAUAUAUGGAGGUCAGAACAAAGUAAUGAAAGAAGCACUCGAGAACAACAAUAUAUGUACAAAAACAAUCUACACUCAAAGAAAAAUGAGUAAAAUGUCUCAAAACCAAGAAGAAUACAUCCAAGAGCUUUUGAGGAAGCAGAGAGAUUUUUGCGAAAUCAGAGAAACAUUCUGUGACAUUCAAUCUCAUCUAGAAACUAUGAAAAAAGAUGUAUCAUUGUUACAAAAUAUAGUUAGCGAAAACUGA